AUGUUUCGACCAUUUGCUUUCAAAAAGGCUCCUACUAACCAAGUUUCUUGGAAAGCAACUACAAAGUACUGGAAAAUCUUGUCCUUCUUGUUUGCUGUCCAUGAGAUCAACCAGGAUCCCUGUAUCUUACCCAACCUCACCCUGGGCUACAACAUUCAUGACAAUCAUUUUGAUGCCAGAACAACAUCAGAAGCUUUGGUAGAUCUACUCUCUCCUGGGCUGGCAAAUGUUCCAAACUACAAGUGCAAAGGAAGACAGAAUAACCUCUUAGCUAUAAUUGAAGGGACAGAAACGGACAUUUCCAUCCAGAUUUCAUUAAUGUCAAGUAACUACAAAAUCCCCCAGGAGUCAAAUGGCCUGAAGACAGUAGUAACAGUCAUGAAUAAAAAUAGAGUAAUCUAUGCUAAAAACAGUAUAUCUGAAAUUCUGAGAAGACAUUCAUACUACCAAGAGUUUGGCCGCAAAACAGUAAUAAAUACUUUCCUGAAAGUGAAUCACUCACCAAGUUCUUCUCUUUACCAGGUCAAUUAUUCUUUUAUUUCCCAUCUUCUGGGUGAUAAAACACAGUUCCCCUUUUUCUACACUAUCGUCCCCAAAGAAGGAGUCCAAUAUCUGGGCAUACUUGAAUUGCUUCUGCAUUUCCAAUGGACAUCAGUUGGUCUCUUUGCUCCAGACACUGACAAUGGCAAGGAUUUCAUAGCAACGAUGGUGCUAGUGCUGUUCAAGAAAGGGAUUUGUGUUGUUUUCUCACAAACCUUAUCAGGAAUGAAUACUGAAAAUAUAAAGGUGGAUGCUGCCUCAAUAAAAAAGUGGAAACAGGUCAAUGUAUUUAUUUAUUUUUCAGAAGCUGGUUUCUUUUUAGAUGGAAUAAUGGUAAUAGAGAAAUUAACUGAAAUCUCAAUAUUGUAUGCAGAAUCAUAUGUUGUGGAAUCCCUAACAUCCACAGGGAAGGUCAUUAUCACAACAGCUUUGUGGGACCUCACAUUUGACCUGGCAUAUGGUGUCAUAUCCCAGACACACAUUCAGGGUUUCUUCUCUUUCCUCAUCCAGAAAAAGAUAAAGAUAAAAUAUGAUAUCCUUUCUCUUUUUACUUCUCUGUAUUACUUCGCAGAGAAAGCAUUUCAUUGCUUGUACUCCAAGGCUGCCUCUACUGUGAAAGGCUGGACAAGAUGCACCGAGAAAGAGGCAGUGGGGACCUUUUCCCAAAAAGAGAUUGAAAAAACUUUGUCUCUAGACACCUCUCAUGCUUACUAUACUGUCCAGGCCUUGGCAGGGGCCUUGGAUGCAGCUUAUUCUUCCCGAUCCAAGAGGAGGAAAGUGAAAGGUGGUGGAGAGAUACCAGUACUGCAAAUUAUCCAGCCAUGGCAGCUUCACCCUUUCUUGCAAGAUUCUCAGUUUUACAACACUUCCAUCGAUGGAAUAUAUUUGAAUGAGAAUGGUGAAUUAGCAGCUGAUUUGGAUAUUGUGAACUGGGUGAAGUUUUCAAAUAACUCUGUUGUCAGUAUGAAAUUUGGGAGCAUUGCAAGACAGGCUUCCUCGGAGCCUGAAUUCAAGAUUGACGAAGAAGCCAUAACCCUGCCUUCUUCCAGAUGUGUGGAAAGAUGCCGACCUGGGUUCCUCAAGGUGGUUCAGCGAGGGCGACCGGUUUGCUGCUAUGAUUGCAUUCCUUGUGCAAAGGGAACCAUCUCCACUCAGGAAGAUGCAGACCACUGCACCAGAUGCUUGGAAGAUCAGCAUCCAAAUGAAAGUCAAGACUGCUGUCUUCCAAAGGAUAUCACCUUCCUGUCAUAUGGAGAAUAUUUGGGGAUCAUUCUGGCUUCCUUUGCUCUAUUUUUGUCAUUCAUCACAGCCUUUGUCUUAGCAAUUUUCAUUAAAUGCCACGAAACUCCAAUAGUCAAAGCUAACAACCGAGAUCUCUCCUACAUUCUACUCACAUCACUGCUCCUUUCAUUUCUCACUAGCUUUCUCUUCAUUGGUCAACCAAGAAAAAUUACUUGCCUUGUCCGACAAGCAGCAUUCAUUAUCAUUUUCUCAAUAGCUGUUUCUUCCCUCUUAGCCAAAACCAUCACAGUGGUACUGGCCUUCUUGGCCACAAAACCAGGAAACAGAAUGAGGCGGUGGCUCGGGAAGACGUUGGCCAAUGCUCUUGUUCUUGGUUGCUCUGCUGUCCAAGUUCUGAUUUGUUCCAUCUGGCUGGCAAUCUUUCCUCCCUUCCCUGAUACAGACAAGCACUCCCACCCUGCAGAGAUUGUCCUGCAGUGCAAUGAAGGACCUGCUAUCAUGUUUUACUCUGCCCUUAGCUAUAUGGGCUUCCUGGCUGUUGUCUGCUUCACUGUGGCUUUCCUGGCCCGGAGGCUGCCUGGGGCCUUUAAUGAAGCCAAGCUCAUCACCUUCAGCAUGCUGGUCUUUUGUAGUGUUUGGGUCUCCUUUGUGCCCACCUACCUGAGCACCAAGGGCAAAUACAUGGUGGCUGUGCAGAUCUUCUCCAUCUUAGCCUCCAGUGCUGGCUUGUUGAGCUGCAUCUUUUUCCCCAAGAGCUAUAUUAUUUUGCUGAGGCCUGAGCUGAAUACAAAGGAGCAGCUAACCACAAAAACCAAAGUAUAG